CGUUAUUACGUCAUUCCCGCCCACCCGCCCGCCAGAGGCUGAGAGAAAGAGAACGCAUUUCGUGUUACACAUCUCGUUGUUUUAUUUUUACAGGGGGAGCGGCCAUCAUGUCCAAGUUGUGGCUUGCUUCAGUGGUUUUACUGUGUUGCAUCGCGGCAGCUUUAACCCAAGAGUGGGAAGAAAGAGAAAGACGCAACAGCCCCCUAGAACCAAUCAGCCUGCUCGAGACAAGAAGCACGAUCGCACGAUCGCCUAAACAUGACGACGAAAAAGAUAAUAGCGGUGAUGAUAUCGACAGCGAUAAAGAAGACUCAAGCGGUGAUGCUCCACAUCAUGAGGAAAAGAAGGAAGACCUGAAGGAGGUGGUCAUCAAGCAGUCUAAGCAGGACGAAGCCACUGCACGGUCAAAUUUCCUAAAGCUCAUAAAAGCCAUCAAAGACAGCAAAUCUGAAUCAAAGCCUGCUUCCAAGCCCAAGCUGAAGGCAGUUCAAAACGAUGCCCCUAAAAAGGCCAACAAGCCUGCCAAGAAGGCAAAAAAGCCGGUCAAGAGGGCAAAGAAAGUCCUUAACAAGAAGAAAAUGGAUACGCUUCCACGUGGAGCACAUCGUCCAGCUUCUGCUAACGCUCAACGACGGCCACAAAACCCUUACGCACAACAACGCCCGGCAUACGGACAGAACCCAUAUGGACAGCGGUACGGACAGCAGUACGGUCAACAAUACGGUCAACAGAUGGGCGGAUACCCACAAAUGGGAGGCUACCAACAGCCUGGAUACCCUCAAUCACCUUACCAGCAGCGGGGCUACCCAGGGUAUCCACAGGUGUCACCCUAUCAACAGCAGGGGGCACCCAUGACCGGUAAUGGAGGACCCUGCAGCCCAUCCUGUCUGUCGCACUGCACCCCUAUCUGCAUUCAACACAGGUGCUGUAACGCAAACAUGCCUCAAGGACCUCCCCCGCCACCACCACCCCCGCCACAAAUGUACCAGCAGCCACUGAUGAUGCCCCAGGCACCUAUGAUGAUGCCCCAGGCACCUAUGAUGAUGCCCCAGGCACCUAUGACGAUGCAGCAGCAGGCACAAAUGCAGCAGCCGUGUGCUCCUUCAUGUGCUCCAACCUACUCUCCAUCAUGCUGCGGCUCAUAUCCCGCCCCCCAACCUCCAUCUCCACCAGCACCACCACCGAAACCCGCUCCUCCCCCGAGAAGCCCACCUGCAGCCGCCCCAUGUAACCCCGCCAUGGCUCCCCAGGGGUGCAACAGCAUGCAGCAGCCUGGCAUGUACCAGCAGCCCUCGUACAUUCCAGGUUACACCGCUUACUCGUCUGUGCCCCUGACACAGUUUCAGGCUCAACUGCAACAGCAGCAGCCUGCUCAGGCAACUCCGACCAAUGCUGCCACGCAAGAUACAGACAGCGCUCCUUGCAAACCUAUCUGCCUCAAGUUCUGCGUUACUCUCUGCCCACAGAAGUGCUGCAACAAAGGGAAGGCUGCCGCCGCUGCUGCGGCGCCAACAAAACCUCCCACUGCAGCCCCUACCACUGCCGCGGCAACUCAAGCCGCGCCCGCCGCCAUGACCUGCCCACAGCCAGCAUGUGCGCCGCAGUCCCCCAUGAGCUGCAUGCCAAGCUGCCCCGCCUACUGCUGCAAGAGGAACCACUUCCCUCGCAAGGCGAUGGCCAAGAAGGGCAACACUUGCCCAGCCAUCUGCGACACACAGUGUGCACCAGUUUGCCCUCGAAGGUGCUGCGGCCCGCGUCGACCACAAGCUGCGAUUGUACACCGACCUAGCGUACACGUGUCCGACCUCCCUUACAACAGCGCUUGCCCAAGCAUCUGCAAGGACGUCUGCGCGCUAGAGUGCCCCCAUAGGUGCUGUGGACCUGGCUCAUUUAAGCGCUACACCAUCGCCAAACCACGUGUUCCUGCGUACAGAUACAACGCAUACCUCGCGAGAAAGUACUAUGUCCCAAGGGUCAGCAAUAGCUACAUUAGACGCUUCGGUUAUCCACGAAGAGACUAGACAAUAUCCUUCUUUAGAAUAGUGUGAGGCUACAAAUUUGCGUAGCGCUUCAUAAUCAGAGUUUGUCGACUUUGACGUUUCUCUUUUUACUAUUCGUCAACUAUGACACGAAGCGAGCACAGUCUCGAUUUACUUUGACUCAUCCUUAACCAGUCAAUUUUGUAUAACUCCUAACAUGUAGGUUUAGUGUAAAAUAUUUCAAUUUUGCUGAGGUACAGUAAGCAUGUCUUGUUUUAUUUGUGACCUAUACAAGGUUAAGAGAAGCAUGCGUUAAGCCGAAAGCCGAAGGAAUAAAAGACGGAGUCAGAAUAAACGUUUUAUUUUUUGCUCAAUAAAUAAAGUUAUCUGAUUAAAUUUACAAUAUAUUCUAA